UUAAAUAAAAUACUGGCACCGCCACUGGCACCUUGUGUUGCAAAUCUUCAAGCAACAUAUAAGGUCAUCAGGUAUCUCAAACAGAUACCUGGACAAGAUUUGAUUUUUAAAUCAGACUCAAAGCUUGAGCUGUCACGUUUCAGUGAUGCAGACUGGGCAAGUUGCCCUGACUCCAGAAGAUUUUUUUCUUUUGAUUUUUGA